UCCAACAACUGUGAUUCCAUCUUCGUGAAUGGGAAGGAAAUGAAGAGCAAAGUGGACACGAUCGUGAACUUCACCCACCAACACUUCACCUCCCAGUUAGAGGUCACCGUCUGGGCGCCCAGGCUCCCUCUGCAGAUUGAGAUCUCGGACACGGAGCUGAGCCAGAUCAAAGGCUGGAGGAUCCCAGUGGCCACCAACAGAAGGCCUACCCGGGAGAGCGAUGACGAGGAAGAUGAGGAGAAGAAGGGGAGAGGAUGCUCCCUGCAGUACCAGCAUGCCAUGGUGCGGGUCCUCACCCAGUUUGUGGCUGAGUUGCCUGACUUGGGACACCUGACCUACAUGCUGGGCCCUGACUGGCAGUUUGACAUCACUGACCUGGUGACUGAGUUCAUGAAGGUGGAGGAGCCGAAAAUUGCUCAGUUACAGGAUGGGAGGACGCUGGUUGGUCGGGAGCCAGGAAUCACCACUGUGCAGGUCCUCUCGCCUCUUUCUGACUCCAUCCUGGCUGAGAAGACAGUGAUCGUCCUGGACGACCGAGUCACCAUCGCAGAGCUGGGCGUGCAGCUUGUGGCUGGCAUGUCUCUGUCCCUGCAGCCUCACAGAGCAGACAGGAGGGCCAUUGUCUCCACGGUGACUGCUCAAGAUGUUCUUCAAUCCCCACAACAGGAAGCAAUAGUCAGUUCUUGGAUUUUGUUCAGUGAUGGUUCGGUGACACCUUUAGACAUUUACGAUCCUAAGGAUUUUUCGGUUACAGUCUCAUCGUUGGAUGAAAUGGUGGUGUCUGUCCAGGCAAACCUUGAGUCCAAAUGGCCAGUGGUGGUUGCAGAAGGUGAAGGCCAAGGGCCCUUGAUGAAGUUAGAGAUGAUGAUUAGUGAACCUUGCCAGAAGACCAAGAGGAAGAGUGUUCUUGCUGUGGGUAAAGGAAAUGUCAAGGUCAAAUUUGAGCCAGGUAUUGAUGAGCAUCAAGGAGGCACCAACGACAUUGAGGGCAUCAAUCGGGAAUAUAAAGACCACCUGAGCAAUUCCAUAGAGCGUGAAGGAAACCAGGAGAGGGCUGUUCAGGAGUGGUUCCAACAUGGCGCUUCUGUUGGCCAAGAGGAAAGCACCAACAGAAGCACAACCCCGCAGUCUCCCAUGGAAGGAAAGGGUAAGAAGCUACUCAAAAGCGGUGGUCCAGACACCUUCACAAGCUUCCCUACUCAGGGGAAGUUACCAGAACCCAAUAAUCCUAGUGACCUUACAAUGACCUCUAGGGGGUUAACGGACUUGGAGAUUGGCAUGUAUGCCCUGCUCUGUGUCUUCUGCCUGGCCAUUCUGGUCUUCUUAAUCAACUGUGUGGCGUUUGCUUGGAAAUACAGACACAAGAGGUUUGCCGUGAGCGAGCAAGGCAACAUCCCCCAUUCCCAUGACUGGGUCUGGCUGGGGAAUGAGGUGGAGCUUUUGGAGAACCCUGUUGACAUUACACUCCCCUCAGAGGAGUGCACCACCAUGAUAGACAGGGGGCUGCAGUUCGAGGAGAGGAACUUCCUUCUGAAUGGCAGCUCCCAGAAGACUUUUCACAGUCAGCUACUCAGACCUUCUGACUAUGUCUACGAAAAAGAAAUAAAAAAUGAACCUAUAAAUUCUGUGGGCCCAAAGCGGAAGAGAGUCAAGUUUACUUCCUACACCACCAUCCUUCCAGAGGACGGAGGCCCAUACACCAACUCCAUCCUGUUUGACAGUGAUGAUAACAUCAAGUGGGUCUGCCAAGAUAUGGGACUGGGGCACUCCCAGGACUUUAGAGACUAUAUGGAAAGACUGCAAGACCAGAUGUAAACGCCUUUCUUAUGUUUGUAUUCACCUUUAUGCCUUCUGUUUUUUGAACGGUGGAGCAGUGAGUUUGAUCAGCAAUAGGGGAUGAUUUAACAGCGUAUAAUUUGUGGAGGUCUGGUGGGAUCCCUUUCUAGGAGGUACCAAAAUUCUGGAGAGCUAUAGCAGGUGGGGGUUAAUCCAGAAAUGCCUCUUAAACAACCACAUCUAGGGACUUCAGAAAUCCUAAGACAACAGUGUUAUCUACUGCCUGAUUUGCUAGCUCAGUGCAAAUAUAAUCGACCUGACCCCACGGACAUUGUUAGUCAUCUCGUGAAAAAUGGCCAUGCGGAAUUAGGAAAGAUUUGGGUGUUGAUUUUUCUAUUCCUAGACCUUUUAAAGCACAGUGGACACUUAUUGCCCCUGGCCUGAGUUUAGACAUACGUGAAAGAUGACUGAAUGUAGCUAUCCUUGUUUGUUACGAGCGCCGCUCAUUAUUUUUAUAUACAUUUACAGCUGCAUCUGUUCAUUUAACCUCUGGAAUUCUUUUUGAAACAAGAAGAGAAGAAAUUUCGGUCUUUCCUUUGAGAUCUGUUUGAUUUACACAUGAGUUUCAUUCCCUGGGAUUUGCCAUGUCGUGUUAUUUCUUGGAUCUCUGUUUAGGAUGCCAGAUUUUCCCAGUUUUCUGCACUUCAUUGUUUAAAGACAGUAUCUAAGAAGCUUAUUCUCAGUUUGUUUUACUUCUUUUUGUUAUUGAACUUUCUUCUGUAAGACUGGGACGAGGGGUUUUACUUAAAAUAUUAAUAUUCUGUGAGGGAGGGCCAUCUCUUUACAAUUUUCUAUAUGAAGCUUAAAACAUUGUCCAUAACAAGUGUUUAUUUUUAUCUUCUGCCUGCUGAAAAUUUAUGGGGAACUCCUGGAGUGCAUUUCUGAGGGCCGAAGACCCCACCCUAGCUGUAUUUAUGCAAGUGUUUUAGAGUCGACAUGGUUUAUUAUGCAAACUGAAAUCUAAAAAUAGAAUUGAUCUAUGCAGGGAAGAAAUUGCCUAGGAAAUGAGUUAUAGAUUAAACUGGCCAUUUUCCAGAACAAAACAUUAUGAAAACAGUAAUAGAAUGGUGUGUCAACUUAGCAAUAUUUAGGAACCUGUGUGUACAAUUACCCCUCCCUCACAGUUCUCAAUUACGACUCUGCACAGGUGAGACCCUCUCAGGGUGUGCACUGAUGGAGAGAAGCAAUUCGCCCCCCAAAAGUUCAUAAAAAUUAAUGACUGUUUCAUAGCUUAAGAAAUAGCCGUUAUAAAAAAACCCCACAGCUAUUAAAAAGAAGUGAUGAGAGACAAAACAACAAACAAAAAGCAAAAAAAAAAAUGAUUCCUGCAUAAUUUGUAAACAAAAAUAUUAUUUCAAGAACAAUGUGAAUGGUCUCAAGCAAAGCAAGAAUUUCAGAUUACAAAAUGUGGCCUUUUCACUUAUUAGAGUGAUAUGGUUGGGAAAACAGAUGUGGGCUACUAUGCUUUAUUAUGCAUUUCAGUUUUCCAUGUGCAUCCCUGAGAGAUUGAAUCUUAAAGACCCAAAGUGGGAAGGACCUAUGAAAGGUCACUGGAAGCAGCUCUCUGACUCCAAAAGGCCAAUGACUGAGCUAUAUUCAAAGAGAGGUGUUCACCUGUUUUCUUAGUAUAGAUUCCUGUGGAUGGGAACAUGAAAACCCAGGCUCCUCUAGCUGUGAAAUGGCAGCCAAAAAAAGUUCUUCCUGUAUGGCUUGCCCACAAGACUGCCAUGUAUCUGUGAAUGGUGCUAAAGUCAUGGGGGACAUAGACCUGAGUGCCAGAAGCCAGUGUUCAGUUGGUGCUGUAAGUGUUCAAACUGGGUCUUAGGAAUGGAAGCUAAUGAAGUUCCAUGGAUCUUUCAGUUUGACUGGAGAAGGAAGCCAGGAGACCCAGGCAUUCAUUGGAGAAGGAGUUUGCAAGGAGAUAGCUGACACGUUACAGGAAGACCUUCUCAGUUAGCCAAAAGCUUCAAAGAGUUUGAUGCAGAGGUAUCCCCAAACCAACCGUGCAGGACCAAAGGAAAGCUCAUGCACUAAUUGAUGCAACCAUCCAGCUGAGUCUGGCUCCUUCUAAGGGGACAUUUCCAGUUCUCUCUCCCUUUGGAUCUUCAACCUUCUAAAAAUAACAGGAAUUCAUGUCUGAAAAUGAGGAACCUCGAUGAAACAGGGAGAAUCUCUCUCACAUACAUAGUAGGUUGGCUCCUGCUGCUAACAUGAGACUUUGGGUAGGGGUACAUUUUGGAGGGAACAAAGGAAAUUAGCCUUGCUGUGCAGUAGAGGGUUCUAUUAAGAAGCAUUGAUACCAGAGCAUUCCCUGUGACAGGUAGGCUUAGCUGGGUGCAGGGGGCAAACUGGGGCAUGUUCAACUGGGCCAGGGUGUCUCCACAGAGCUGGUGACUGACCACAGUCUUAAAGAUGCUUCUCGUGCAUAACUAGAGUCCCCCAGAGUGUUACGGCCUCUGUACAGUCACCUUUGUUCGUUUGCUUUUUUUGUGUUAAAACUCAAGUCAUUCAAAACAGAAAUCAAAUGAAAGGUCAUGGGGGAAGAGUCCCUUUACCAUAUGACAUACAUGCAUAUGUAUAUGAACGUAUAUACAUACUCCUACAAAUAUCCACGUGUGCGUGUGUGUGUGUGUGUGUGUGUGUGCACGUGAAUACCGAAGAGCCAGAAUUAGCUGCUGAGUGAGAUUCUACAGUGACUGUCAGUUGUUCUCAGAUUUGACAUGGACACUAUUCAGCGUAACAGAAUUUCAUCAUUUUCUGUUCUAAACAUUUCCUGCAGAUUAUACACCAUGGGUUGUAUCAUCUUGUUUUCCAACUUGUUAUUGUAAAACUAUUGGGCACUAUGCCUUGGAAUAUCUAAACUAAAAUGGGAGAAAAUGGCACAAACUAUUAAGCCUUCUGAUCAAAUGUCCUGGGGGCCAUGCAUCUGCCAGAUUUCCCAGGAGUUUAUGAGGAAGGAAUCCAAAUGAUCAGUCUUGAUGAAUAAUCCGAACCAAGCAACCUGCACUCAGUCCUUUCUUUCUUAUGAGAAUAAAUGCUGAGACGCUUCUUGAGGGUGACACAAGCAUUUCUCUUGAGAGGGCAGCAGACUGUGAGCUCCAUGCUCCCCUGGAGGGAAGUUCAGGGCCCGGGACAGUUGAGGAGGUGCAACUGCUGUCUCCAGGCUCCAGAUGUGCUGCUUUGGUGGCCAGGAUUCAGAAAUCAAGAAACAGCUGCCCUGCCAAAGAGCUGGUGUUAACACACACAGGCGUGUUGCAUUUGAGAGAAAACAAGGAGAGAAGACAAAUGGAAGGUACUAUCCCAGAAGACAAUCGAGCAAACCUCUGAAUACACCCUGUGCACCGAGAGAAGGAAUCCCCACCUCCGAGCUCUUUCAUGUUGCACGCUGGCCACGGGAGCUUCCCAGACUGUGCUAACUCUUACUCUCUAAAUAUAAAGUUUCUGUUAAUGCAGGAGAAAAAAAAGUGGAUUAAUUUUUGUCCUAGUGCCACCUGUCCUAGUGCCAUCUGUCCCUUGCUGAUUUUGAUGCUUCAGAAAGUCCACUUUUGUGCAUUUUGCUCCAGAAUUUUUGUUUCCCUGUUUAGGAGAAGGGUCUUUCCGAGGCUGGGAUGUUGACAUCACAGGAAAAUCUCAGUCUGUCAGAGAAGAACCAUUCAGUCUGAGGACCGCACAGGGAGCUUUCCCCCGAAUCCCGUAUGUCAUCAGCCCUGCUGCGUUUGCUACUUGACUCUUCUAGAAAACGGCCUCGGUUUUCCAUUGCAGUCUCUGUAAAUGAUACAAUAGACAGUUUAUGAGCUCUGAAACCCUCUCCUCUGUUCAAAUGAUCUGUGUAUAAUGUGGUGCAUAUCACUGUUAUGUAAAGGGACAGUGCGGAUGGUGGGAAAGUUAUGCUAAAAUAUGGGCAACAGAUAUUUUUGUAUGUAAUGUAGGCACUAUGCUAAACACUGAGAGGUGUAUUGGAAUAAAUACAGUUUAAAAUAAAAGUUUGCAGAAGUAUAGCUUUUAAAUGUACAGACACCCCACUCAAAAGUGUCUAAACCGAUAGUGGGAAAAACACUGGGCCCUAUCAUUCUAGAAUACACCAAAUUAGGAAUUCUGUCUGGAAAGGACAUGACUCAUGUUGGGAUAUUUGAUGGAACCUGCUGGAACAUUUCGAUCUUACUCCUCUUUACUUUUGGAUCUUUCUUUUCUUCUUUUUUUUUUGGUUCAGAAGUAAAGUGACUUUAUUUUCCAACAUAAAGGUAUAUUCUAACC